AUGGUUGAUAAAAAAAAGAAUAGAUCAGAAGGUGAUUCUGUACUAUCCGUCUUUACAAGUAUUUUAAAUGUGUUUAACAAUCUACGUUAUUUAAAUUGUCAUCCAUUCGUGGAAUUAGAUUUGCCACGAUUAUCAUUUGAUGAGAAAACUCCGACAUUUUUCUCUUCAACUAUAGUGGAGUUGCAUAUCACUGUCGAAGACUUCAACGAUUGUCUUUAUUUACUGAAUGGUCGUUUAAGUCAACUUCGUACAUUUUAUGUUAAAAUCUACUUUUUUUUUUUGCCAUCAGAAGUGAUUAAAGAGAAGAAGUCAUUGCCUAAUAUGAAAUGUUUUUCGUUGAUGUGUAAAUCAGAAAUACUUUGUUAUAAUAAAUCAAUCGUAUCACUUCUUCAACGAAUGACGAAUCUAGAAGAACUUGCUUUGUAUAUUUUUGUUGGUCAACGAACAUGUCUAGAUGGAAAUUGUUUGAAAAAUGAUAUUAUUAAUCAUUUACCUCGAUUAAACAAAUUUACCUUCAAUAUUCGUUCAUUUAUUUAUGAUCUUGAUCAAGCUGAUUUAUUAUCAAAUGAAUAUAUACAAGAUACAUUCAAGGGUCUUGGUGAUAUUCAAGUUAUUUCUUGCGUUGAUUAUUUUCCAAAACAGAGAACUGGUCAAUGUCAUUUUUAUUCAUAUCCAUAUACAUUGACAUAUUACAACAAUAUAACAAAUAAUUUUACUGAUGGAUUAUUUAAAUUUGUUCGUGAAGUAUCACUAUUUGAUGAACAUCCUUUCGAACAUGAAUUUUUUAUUAGAAUUGCUCGUGCAUUUCCACUUCUUGAAAAUUUAUCUAUGAUUAAUCAAACACAACAAAAACAAAAAUUAAAUAAUAAUAACGAACAUUUAUCAAUCAUUGAAUAUCUUCAUCUCAAUCAAUUACGUUUCAUCGAUACCCAUGAUGAUUACGUCGAGCAAUUUCUAGUUAAUACAAAUACAUGUUUACCGAAGAAUAUUAGACUUUUCAUCCAUUAUGACUCUUUGAAAAGAGUGACAAAUAAUUUUACAAGAGUUGCAACACGAGUAAAUUGUUGCAAAAUUAAUUGUUUGCGUAUCUACAAUCAAUUUCAAAUAUCAAAACGUUUAACCAACUAUUUUCCUAAUGCAAAAAUAUUGAUUUAA